CAGAUAUCAAACUCAUGAUUACUGCAAAGGACUAUCAAUAAACUGAGAGGAGUCCACUGACUUUUGGAAGAGCUCGGUGGGCUGGGGACGCGAGUUUUUUUGUGUGUCUUUUUUUUUUUUUGUUGCGUGCAUGGACCGGACUUUGUGUCAACUUUUCUCCCUCGGUAACUCACUUUAUACGCAUCCCAAAUGCCUUCGCUCAAUUUGACAGCUGUGCACACAAUGGCAGAGGUCGGGAGCUUUCUGGGGACGCUCGACUUGGAUUUACAGAGCUUUCCUGCUCUGGGGAGUAUACCCCUGCCAGAUUCCCCGGUGGGGCUGAGCGAGCGGCUGGGCCAGAUUGAAGGCAGGCUGCAGCGGGGGUCGCCCACGGAUUUUGGGCACCUCAAAGGCAUCCUGAGGCGGCGGCAGCUCUACUGCAGGACCGGCUUCCAGCUGGAGAUAUUCCCCAACGGCACCGUGCACGGGACUAGACAGGACCACAGCAGAUUUGGUAUCCUGGAGCUCAUCAGCGUGGCAGUGGGUCUGGUCAGCAUCAGAGGGGUGGAUGCUGGACUUUACCUGGGCAUGAAUGAAAAAGGAGAGCUCUACGGGUCGAAGAAGCUGACCCAAGAAUGCGUGUUCAGGGAGCAGUUUGAGGAGAACUGGUACAACACUUACGCUUCAACUCUGUACAAGCACACGGACACGGGACGCUUCUACUACGUGGCUUUAAACAAGGACGGCUCGCCCAGGGAGGGCGGCAGGACUAAAAAGCAUCAAAAGCUCACCCACUUUUUACCCAGGCCGGUGGAGAUCGAUAAGAUCCCUCAGGAGUACCGGGACGUCUUCAAUUACAGGUGACCAGUGCUGACACUGGGAGAACUGGCUACACUCGGGGCGACAGAACCAAAUGAAGAGGAGCGGCCGGAGCAGGGAGGUGCUGCGGAGCACCGGGAACCCUCAGCCCCCCUCCAGGUCACCGCCUGUGCACAUGUGACCGUAACAUAAACAGUUUAGCUUGUUCCUGGAUGUGUAUAAUUUACUUUGGACUUGUGGCCUCAGCUGGGGGGCGGGGGGGGUAUGGGGGAGACCUCCUUGUGAAACCACUGUGGACGAAGGAAGCCCUCGUGGACUGCCCAGCUGUGGGUCCAUCAGGAAAACCAAAUCAGAUGCCAUGUCUUUUUUUGUUUUGUUUUCCCAAGUAGAAACUGAAGUGACCAGAGCAUGUGGAGAGGUGGCUCCUUGAAAGUUAAAAAAAAAAAAAAAAAAGGUUUUGAAGCAGCUCUAAACUGGUAGGAAAAAAGAGAAUGGUUGACUAUGAGAGCACCAGGAGGCGACACACUGCUGGUGACAUUAGAUGUAACACACACACAGCCAUAGAGGGUCAGGGCCAGAGAUCAAUGACUAUGCCACAGAAAGCUGGAGCUCUGAAAUGGUCAGAAACAACUGAAUCAGACUGAAAUGAGACCGUUACGUGUCCAGCUGGAGUUGCUUCAAGCUUUCUUCAAAGUCAGAGAGGGAAAAGUGGGAGGGGGGGGGGGGGGUG